AUCGGUCUCUUAUUUCGUCGCGCGGCAAUCGCUAGGGUUUUGGGAGCGACAGGGAAGGAGCACGGUGCACGGCAGCAAUGGCUCAGGCGCAGCCAAUGGAACAAGUUCAAUGUUUCGGUCGCAAGAAGACCGCCGUCGCCGUGACUCACUGCAAGCGCGGCCGUGGACUCAUCAAGAUCAAUGGCUGUCCGAUUGAACUCGUGCAGCCGGAGAUUCUCCGAUUCAAAGCCUUCGAACCCAUACUCCUGCUGGGGAAACACCGUUUCGCCGGCGUAGACAUGCGUAUCAGAGUCAAGGGCGGUGGUCACACCUCUCAGAUAUACGCCAUUCGUCAAAGUAUUGCCAAAGCCCUCGUUGCUUACUACCAGAAGUACGUGGAUGAACAGAGCAAGAAGGAGAUCAAGGAUAUUCUUGUGCGGUACGAUCGAACUCUGCUGGUCGCUGAUCCUAGGCGGUGCGAGCCCAAGAAAUUCGGUGGUCGUGGUGCUCGCGCCAGGUUCCAGAAAUCUUACCGUUGAAAUCGUUCUGCUGGAAGAUCGUGCCUGUACGAUUUUUUCUACAUUGUAUGAGUUAUCGGUUCAUGUUCUAUGCUGUGGAAAACUUCUGAUAUCAACUUGUAGGUCCUUUGUUGGAUUUUUCUUUUACGAAGCCGCGUGGCACUUUCAUUCA